GAAUCCUUCCCUGAAUGGUAGAAUUUACCAUGAAAGGCAUCUGGUUCUGGAACUUGGUAUUUUGGGAGGUUUUAAAUGGCUGAUAUGAUGAGUACUGGUGUUUUAUGGUAUCAGACCGCCUACUGCCUGGCCAACAGCAACUCCAGCACGUUCACCACAAUUGGAGAUGGGAGCUAUGGUGAGGUGAUUCAUGGCCACCGAGCUGGCCCCAGAGUCAGCGUACAUCUUCAGGCUGAUGAUCAAGAUGAGGCAGGGCUGGGGGAGCCCCUAGAGGCCACCAUCAUCACCACUGAGAAGCGAGAUUUAAGGAAACUGUAUCUGAAAAUAUCCAUGAUCUACAGAAAUGUGAUGAAAUAUUUCUGUGGGAACAAAUGGGAAAAUUUAACUUCUCUCCCUUCCUGAACCCUCCAUCAUUCAGAAAUUCUUAGGGAGAAUUCUUUCUUCCAAGGUGGUGCUUUGAACCUCAGGUGACUUGACCUCGUUGGCAGCAUCCAGCGCGUCUGGCCUCUGUCUCUUCAGUGCAGAUUCAAGUGCAAAAUACACAGGAUUGUGACCUCUGUCAUCUCCCUGGUGGAUGCAUAUCACAGUCGUAAGUUGUCAUGGUUCUGAACCUCCCGCCAGGGUUGAGGUUCAGGCUUUGACUUGGGUAUCUUUUUUGCUGGCUUCUGUCUUUCUUCUGGAGGGAAAAAUACCCUCUUCUUGUCGAUUAACUUGGAGAUGUACCCUUAACCAGAAUGUUUAGAGUUUGCUGCUUGGGGAAGAUGACUUAGUGGCACAUAUGGAGAAGGUUCUGCUAGUCCCUGCCCCACACAAAACUUCUGAACUCCAGGUUGCCUCUGGUAGCAGAAUCCUGAGUUAUUGCAGCCUGACCUUGUAUAGACA